AGUCACACCAAAACGCCUCAUUAUGGUGCGCAGUAAACUGUUCCGUCUGUCCCUGGUACGCAAGUACUGGGACAAAUACUUCACCUUCACCUACACCGUGGACUAUUUCAACCUGCUCAACACCUUCGGUACACUGUUCGCGCUUCACUAUCACACCCGCCAGCCACGCUGGACAGUGAAGAAGCUUCUCUGGACAGUUUAUCGCACCCUCUACCUGCUGUCGUAUCUGUCCUACUGCUACAAAGUGUACUGGCUGUUCAGCCACUGGCAGUACAGUACGGCUGCGGCCAAUCUGCUCGGUGCGCUGGGCCUGUGCAGCGGGGCCUUGCUGCGGCUGCUGCUGAUCGAGCAAAACUAUCCCACCGUACACCGGCUGCAGCAGUUUCUGAACGAUCGAACCUACCUGCACGACGAUCCGUGGGCACGAACCGAGCGUUCCAAGCUUUACCGCCACAACAACCGCUUUCUGGUGGUGCUCAUCAGCGCCAUCAGCGUGGAGUCGCUGUGCUUUCUGGCCCGGCUGCUGCUGACGCGGCCCGAGUUUAUGCUACAGUACGGUGGAGCCGUUCUGGGUGGCCCGUCAGUGCAGCUCGCCUACGGCAUGGUAACUGCCUGCUGGGGCAUCAUUUACGUGCUCUCGUUUAUCGUGUUCUACACGCUGCUGGCCGGGUUUCGGCUUGAGAUGCAGCUGCUGGCGCGUUCCUUUCAGCAGCUCGAGGAGAUGCUCGUACCCGCCGGCGUAGGGAUGGACGACCAGGACGAAUGGGAGUACUGGGACAACCUGCAACAGAGACUGACCCAUCGGAUCAAGCGCCAUGUGGAGUUGCUCGAAAAUCUUCGCAUCUUUCGCUCGAUCGUCGCCCCGUUUGCCUUUCUGCAGUACUACAGCACCUUCGGCCUGAUAGCGGACUCGUUCUUCGUGGUGUCCUUUGAAGGUUUUACCGGCUACAGCAUGGCGUACGUACUGUUUGCUUCGUUUCUGAUCCUGGAAUCCUUGCUGCUGUGCCGUGGAGUGGAAGAUUUGAACGAUUUGAAUCGACAAAUCGGAACCAUUCUGUACAACUUCGAUUGGCCCCGAUUGCUGCGCUUUUCCAUCCACUACCGACGUCAGUACUUCAGCGUACGGCGAACGAUUCUGCUCGUGAUUUUGCAGUCCCAACAAUCACUCCGGUUCAGCUACGGUGCACAUGGGGAAAUUUCAAUGCACAGCUUUGCGGAGCUGAUGCAGAAAAGCUACUCAAUGCUGACGUUCAUGCUGCAGUUCCAAAACUAGUAGCUCGCUGCUAGUACAAUGUAUAUACUUUGCCGGCGUUGAGCUUUAAUUGUUGCCUUUUUUCACGACAGAAAACACACUGGAAAACAAAUUGAGAGAAAGUAGCUGUUGUGCCUUAGAAAUGGCUAAGAACUUUUCCGGUGGAUACGGUACAGAGCAACAAGAGCACAACUUUUGCCAAAGACAAAGUUGCAUUCACUUCGUAUGUAAACAAUUAUCUCGCACUAAACUGAUUAAAAUAGUACCUACAGAUGAAGCGAAGCUUUCCCGCCAGCACACGAGAAAGAGAACUUUCCUUAAAACAAUUUAAUGCAAUUAACAGUACACCAAAUGCACUCUAUGCUGUAGUUGUAGCAUUUAUUUCGAGUGUAGUAGUGCCGAGUAUCAUCCAACCGGAAACGUCUGCUCGCCUGCAUAGCUCUUAAUUGAUGCAUUCCAGUUGCUGGGAAAGUUUCUCUCAUUGCAACGAACAAUAAAACACUCACCCUUGUCUGACACUUUAACGAAGAAAAUACCCCCAAAAAACGCUGUAGUAUCGAGUUUGCCACACUCAGUACGACGAUUUAUGGCGCUGGGCCACUUCAGACAGCAGCCAGAAUGGUCAGACGAAUAUUUUUCAUCACAUUCCAUCACCGUACCCGGGGUGGGGUGAACGUAUUUUCUGACCGUCCAAUCUUCACUGCGUCGUGGCCAUCACAAGCAAAAACACGCACACGUAGUAGCGCAAACAAUUUACAGCCUACGAUGCUAGUAAUUGAAUUCAAAUAUUUACCCAGGAAUUUAUAAUUUUCUGCCUCGUUUGUACUUGCGUAGCGCGAGCUAGCACAACCCCCAAGACGAUGGACUGUGUACCCUUGGAUGCCGGUGACCGGUUGGUUGCCGGCAAUUGCGAAAUGGUUGUGAUUUUUCUGCUUCUUUCUUUCUUUUUUGCUCGCACAAAAACAGAUGAAAUCUACGCAGAGCACUGGUGCAAAGACGUGCGGGAAAUUGAUAUUGCUGCGGGAAACGGAGCUGACAAAAAAGGACAACUCCGGCGACAACGGCUACCCCGAAAUUGUUUGAUGAUGGGUGCCAAAAGUGACCCCCACGGACCUGUUGAAAGUGAUGCAAGAUAAGCUUCUUGCUUGGCACCCGUUUUUGCUUAUCGUGACGAGCAAGGAUGACGAAAGAGUUGGCAAAUUUCAUGGCUCUUUUCUCUUCUUCUUUGGCACAACACAACCUUUGCCGGUCAAGGCCUGCCUGUACCCCACU